AACCAGAUUACGGAAGAGCAAAAGAAGCGUGCUCGCGAGAUCUUCGAGAUCUAUGGUUUCUAUGCCGGUCUUGAAUUCGUCGAAGUGCCUAACGAUGUCGCUGCCAGCGUUGGUGUGGUUACGGGCGACCUUCGCGGCUUGAGCCCAGAUAUUGCCACAGGGCCAGGUGGCGUUGCUGGUUUGGCCGGCAACGGUUUGGCCAUUAUGGAAACUGCCGACCACGAUAAUCCAGGCGACGAUGAAGUGGGCACGAUCAUGGGCGAUGAUGGUAAUCUGUCGUUUGGUUUGACGCCAGAAUCGCUGCUGCCGGGCGACUUCGAUAUCACGCACUUGCAGCACUUGUAUCGUCCAGACGUGAUCGAUAUCGACAUGUACCGUUUCGAGGUUACCGAAACGCGACGAUUGUCGGCUGAGAUUGUCGCGGAGCGUCUUUCCGAUUCGAGUCGUCUCGAUUCGGCAUUGACGCUCUACCGUCUCAAUGGCGAUGGUUCUUACUCGGCAAUUGCUCGUAACAACGAUUACUUCAGCGAAGAUUCCUUCCUGGAAAUCACGCUUGAGCCAGGGACCUAUUUCAUUGGUGUCUCGGCAAGUGGCAACGAAGUUUACGAUCCGAACAUCGAAGACUCGGGCUUCGGCGGCACGUCGGAAGGUGAAUACCACCUGCAGUUGCGAUUCACUCCAACGGUCAACGACUCGAUUCGUGAUACCGGUGCUACCGUUUCGCAAUUGAAUUCGAUGGUCGUACGUACCGAUGGUGGCGGCUUCCAAGAUGGUCAGACCAUUACGCUGAAAGAUGACAGCGGAAUGACUCGCAUCUUCGAGAUCGACUACGACAACAACCUCAACAACAGUAAUGCCGAAGCGGUUGUCGUGAAUUCGAAUACGCUUCAGAGUGAGGUCGUUGCCGCCCUGGUCACUGCGAUUAACGAUGCCGAUUUCAAC